AUUGUAUUUGUUGUGUCAGUCACCAAAAUUAUUUAUUUUUAUCUGAUCUUUAAUAAACUUUUGCAGUUAUUCUUAUAACAUUACGAGUCUCUUCGACUCUUGAUGAUCCUUCCUUUUUCACUUUUCUCCAUACUCAAACUCUCACUCUUCUCUAGAAUUGUGUGUCUUCUUUAUUGCAACCCUAAAAUCCCAAUUUCCUGGUUUGGAUUUUCCCUUUUCACUUGGCUGGCUGUCAAUCUAACAGAGCUUUCAAGCUUCCGUAGAAAAUAUACAACAUUUAAAAAGCUCUGAUCUUAGUCACAGUGAUGCAAUUUGCAAGGUAAGAAGCAGAGGCCAGGAUUCUGUGAUUUUUAGGGUUCCACUAUUCCCCAUUCUUGACAACAACGUCCUUUACUUAUUUUGUAAGAACACAAGGUUGUGACAGAGGAUGACAAAGGAUUUUGGCAGACAGGAUAGUGAGGAGAUUCCAUAUUCCUGUGCUUCCAUAAUGGAACUAAAGCGAAGUCAUCAGUGGUUGACAGAACCGUCUGACUCACAACUAUUCGGUAAUAAGAGACAGUUGGUAGAGAUUGGUGCACAUAUGAAUAUUCCUGCAUGGGACAAUUCUCUGGUGCCCUCUCACUUAACUAAUUGCUUAUUCGAUGCUGCCAAUGCCCAUACAUCACAUCUCCUUGGUAGGAAUGUUUCUCCUUUAGGCGGUCAACAUAUCGAGGAGGAGCAAUGCAAUAAUGUCUCGUCAAUUGGUUUGCCAGUGGUCCAUACCGUUCAUGAUAGCACAUUGAAUCUUGACACCAUCAGAAAUGUUAUAGUCAAUCAAGUCUCUGAAUAUGGAAACAUUCCCGAAUUCAUGCUUCAGCUUUAUGGUGGGGUUCCAAGAUCAUUAGAAACAGGGCAAUUCGCUAGCAAGGUGGAUGGAACUUUCAGUCGAAACUUCAACAAUGAAGGUGCUGGUUUCAUACCAAUGGGGGAUAUAUACAACAAAGAAGAUGGAAAUGUCUCGUCAACAUCUGAGAAAGGAGUAGAAAACUUUGUAUUGAUGGGUCAGUCUCUUCAAAAGGCUGACUGUAAUAUCCUCUCAAUGAGUUCCUCCUAUACCAAGGGCCAUGAUAGCUUCAUGUCUCUUCUCUCUUGUGACAGAGUACCUGAAAACAUUUUCAUGACCGAACCAAACUAUUGCAAAGAAAAUACCAAUAUGUUGUCAGGAGGACAGUCACUACAUACGGAAGGUAGUGACAUGGCAUCUAUGGUUUCUAGCCAAGGAAGAGCAGACGAAACCAGUGAUCAAAUUAGUCACAAAGAGAGAAGCAAGACCAUAUCUUUUGGAGAUUAUCAGAAAGAAACCACAUUCUCUUCAUCAGCCCAUGUUAUUAACAGUUAUGAGAACUUCAGCCAUGACCCUGCAACUGCAAAAGAUCCUCUUCAUUUGGAAGCAGAGCAAAACAGGUCUUUUGAUUUUGGAAAUGACCUCUAUGGUAGCCCUAGAGUUGAUACCUUACCCGUGCCCAAAAGUAAAGAUUCAAAGACAGCCAAGAAGGGUUCUAGAAACACAUUUCCUUCAAAUGUGAAGUCCUUGUUGUCAACAGGCAUGUUUGAUGGGGUUACUGUGAAGUACUAUUCGUGGUCACGUGAGAAAAAUCUCAAAGGAAUCAUUAAGGGGACUGGAUAUCUAUGUGGUUGCAGCAACUGUAACUUCAAUAAAGUUCUUAAUGCUUAUGAGUUCGAGCAGCAUGCUAAUUGCAAGACAAAGCACCCAAAUAACCACAUAUACUUUGAGAAUGGGAAGACCAUUUAUGGCGUUGUUCAAGAGCUGAAGAAUACACCUCAAGAGAAGUUGCUGGAUGCUAUUCAAAGUGUCACAGGAUCUGAUAUUAACCAUAAGAACUUCAACACCUGGAAAGCUUCAUUUCAAGUUGCCAGCCUUGAGCUUAAGCGUAUCUAUGGCAAGGAUGCUGUCGCUUUGGCCUCUUGAGAAGAUGAGUUAUCAACUGGAAGGUUUUUGUUACAAGUGAAAUCCAUUCUUCUCUGUAACUCUAACUUCUGUACUGCUAUGAUGGCCUUAGGGUUUCAUGAAGCCUAGUUCUCCUACUAAAGUAUAUAAACUACUGCAAAAACUCCAAAUUCUAAGGUUUUAUGGGACCUUGUAGCGCACUGCUUGUU